CGACUUUAGACAGACGAAGAGUCUCUAUUUCCGGUUAAAAUGUAUGAAUUGAUUUUCCGGCUUUGAUGUCGUUACUGUUGUGGUCGUCAUCUUCUCACAGCACAUGGAUUAUUCUUCAACACAAACCGGGUUCAGACCGCAGACUUCAAACAUGCGUCUCAGGAAUAGUUCAACGGAUGGGUCGGAUGGCAGCCAACUAUUUGAGGACACAAGCAGCAUGGGCCCUGGGUCACAGCCGGGCUACAGGACCCCACAGAGUGGACCUCACACUCCUGGCGUCCCCGGCUCCUCCAUCCUGUCUGACCCCAUGUCCAACCUGGCCAUGGCCUACGGCAGCUCUCUGGCGUCUCAAGGGAAGGAAAUGAUGGACAAGAACCUGGACCGUUUCAUCCCAAUUUCCAAGCUGAAAUACUACUUUGCAGUGGACACUCUGUACGUGGGGCGGAAGCUUGGGCUGCUCGUGUUCCCCUACAUGCACGAGAACUGGGAGGUGAGCUACCAGCAGGACACUCCGGUGGCUCCUCGCUUCGACGUGAACGCGCCGGACCUCUAUAUCCCGGCCAUGGGCUUCAUCACGUACGUGCUGGUGUCUGGACUGGCGCUGGGAACACAGAACCGGUUCUCUCCAGAGCUGCUGGGAGUCCAAGCCAGCUCCGCCUUCGUGUGGCUGAUCAUGGAGGUUCUGGUGGUUCUUUUAUCCCUGUAUCUGGUCACCGUCAACACGGACCUAACCACGAUUGACCUGCUGGCCUUCUCCGGAUACAAGUAUGUGGGGAUGAUCGUUGGAGUGCUGGCGGGGCUGCUGUUUGGAAGACUGGCCUACUAUCUCUCCUUACUGUGGUGCUGCGCCGCCAUCUUUGUCUUCAUGAUCCGGACGCUGCGUCUGAAGCUGCUGUCGGAGGCGGCAGCGGAGGGGAGGCUGGUGAGAGGAGCCCGGAACCAGCUGAGGAUGUACCUGACCAUGUCGAUCGCAGCAGCGCAGCCGGUCUUCAUGUACUGGCUCACCUACCACCUGGUCAGAUGAAACGCUCGCCGCACCUCCUCUACAGUCCUCCCUGUUGGCGUCCAGACCAUGGUUGCAUAAGAGCACACCUCCCACCCCCCCGCGACCAGGAGACUUUUCUGGCUCUGUUUACCAAUGUUUGUGCUGACACAGCAGAUAUCCACGCGUCGACCUCCUCCUUUAAUGUUGCUGUACAUUUUUAAAACGAUGAGUAAAUUAUUACUGCUUUUCAUAUUGAAAGUAAGAAGAAUAAAUGU